UUUGCCGAUGUUUUCUGGACGAUAAGGGAGCUUGUCGAUCGUUGUUCGUCAGAUAAAAUUGCUUGCAGAGCAAAGCUCUUAGCAUUUUAAACAUCGUGGGCUCUUGACAAGGGCACACCUCAUUCUAUAUUAUUUCGGAGAACGGUCGGGAAUUUUCGGUGCAUUUCGUUGGAUUUGCGCAUCUCAGCUGUGUCAAUUUUAAGGCCCCCAACUGGUAGACACAGCGAAUAUGCAGAAGCCACAACACGGUUCGUGCUGGAUCUUUCUCCUCCUGGGAUCUCUGAUCGCCACUUUCAUGCUUGCCUUCAGCUACUGGAUUUUUGUGCCGUGCGAGGAGCCAUUUUGGUCAAUUGUAUCCAGGAAUCCCAGCGGUUCUGGGAUCAAGUUCUCCCUGCCGCCAUCUGCAGUACCUGCAGAGCUGAAGCUCAGGCAAAGACCCCCGUUCGUUUACCAGAUAAUACAUUGAUAGGAGUACAAUAUAGUGUUUAUAUGCUAUGUAAUCUAACGCUAGUUUAACAAUAAAUUACAUUUACAAAGAAGAUGGUUCGAGAAGCUAGCAUGCAUCACAAGUUGGUGGAUUAGAAUCAGACGUCCGACUUUUGAUUGAGGGCCGCAUAGCCCACGGGAAUCUCCUUCAUUUCGGUCUGCAGGCAGAGGAACUCGCCGCCUAUGCACAUUAUCGUGCCUGUGAUGACGUUGAGCAGCCACCAGGAUGCGUUUGCGGGAAAGGAGCGGUUGUACCACCAGCAGAUGAGCAAAUGCAGGACGUGGAAGGUGCAACUACGGAAAAAUAGGGAUAGUUGUUAAAUGUGGCAGAUAUGCAUUGUAUGAAAACGUGAGCUGUAAAAUCAAGCGAUUAUCCUUCAAGUUUGGAAUUGUAUCUUAUAAAUUCAUUAACAUCGUACGGCUAGGAAAUAAAUCUUUAAGCUUUCAUUAAAGCAAUCUGAUUAAUAAAGCUAA